CGCCGGAUGUUUCGCGAGGACGGAAGAGUGAAAGGAGUGUGAGAGUGAGAGUGAGAGAAAGUGAGAGGGGUGUGAGAGUGUGAGAGAGAGAGUGUGGACGCGAAUCUGAACACCGACAAGUGAUUGACGUUCAUUCGGUGUUUGUGAAACGUGGACACAUCGAGCGGAGCGCAAGGUACAUCUGCGGUGGGUGAUCUGAGCAAUCAGAGGGACAGACCUCUGGCACCUUUAGGCACCAGAUGACAAUCGGCGUGAUUUUUUUACUCUGAAAUGUCCAGGGGACCGAACUGAAUCCACCGAGACCGGAUAAAGAACGGAAACGGCGACACCGCGACACAGCACUCAGCACGACCCGCCUGACAGCCAGGCGCUGUCUGUUCUGAGAUGGCUUUCCUCUUCCAUUGUCUUUCACCUCUGCUGGUGGUUCUGGUACUAUUACCUGUGCCCUGCACCGGAUGUCCCUCUGGCUGCCGGUGCUACAGCCUGACAGUGGAGUGUGGAUCCAUCGGACUCAAAGAGAUACCGCGAGGCAUUGCUCAUGGAACACAGACUAUAUUCCUGCAGGAUAAUGCAAUUGGUCAGAUUCGGGCAGAGGACUUGUCUGGCUUGGGUCACCUGCACUAUCUGUACCUGCAGAAUAACAGCAUCUCAGCUCUGGAAUCCAGUGCCUUCGUGAGUCUGGGCCAACUGCUAGAGCUUGCGCUCAAUGGCAACCGUCUCCAUGUGAUCUCUGCCGAUGCCUUUCGUGGUCUUGAGCACCUGCGCAUCCUCUACCUGGCAAAGAACCACGUCAACCGGCUGGAGGAUUACACUUUCCGUGGACUGCAGCGUCUGCAGGAGCUGCACCUGCAGGAGAACUCGAUGGAGGUGUUAGAUGAGCAGGCUCUUAUGGGCCUGUCUUCUCUGGCUCUGCUGGACCUCAGCAAGAAUAACCUGCGCACCCUAAGUGCAGUCACUCUCAAACCUCUCAUCAGCUUGCAGGUGCUACGCAUCACAGAUAACACAUGGCGUUGUGAUUGUGCUCUUCACUGGCUCCGAGGCUGGAUAAACACUGAGGGCCAGCGGUUGCUGAGCUCAGCCGAACGGAGGCUGCUGUGCUCUGAACCACCGCGGCUCUCGCACCUCAGCCUGGUAGAGGUGCCAGCUAAUAGCCUGGUGUGCAUCCCGCCUGCUGUACAGCUUGAGCCGAGGGAACUGAGUGUACGUUUGGGUGAGAGCAUCCGUGUAUCUUGUCAAGCUUCGGGUUACCCGCAGCCUCAGGUCACCUGGAGGAAGGUGUCCUACGGUAGGGCUCAGCUAUCACCACGAGGUCUGGUGCAAGAAGAAGGGAUAGAUGGGGACAGCAGGAAGCCAGCGACAGCCAAGCCUGGGGGUAAUGGGGUCAAUGUGGGAAAUCAUGGACCAACAGAUGAUGUUGGGGACAGAGAGAGCUUUGAUCAAGACAUGGGCAGUGGAAUGCUGUUUCUGAGUAAUGUUACAGUGGCACAUGCAGGACGCUAUGAGUGUGAGGCUUGGAAUCCUGGAGGAGUGGCACGUGUGACCUUCCACCUCGCUGUCAAUGUUUCAUCUUCAUCCUUGUCCUCAUCCUGGCCUCGCCUGCACCCUUCAUCAUCCUCCUCAUCUUCUUCGCACCACCGCCCGUCCUUGGGGGAUGUCAGUCAGGAGCCGCUGUAUGAACUUGAGAGCAUGGACUUCAGUGCCCUGGGCACAGCCACCCAAACAGCCAUCGCUGUAGGUAUCUCACUCCUGGCACUGACUGCCCUGCUAUUGCUGUGCAUGAUUUACAGCCGCCACCGGCAACGGCAGAAAGAGGAUGGUGCGUUUAGCAAGGAAGAGAGCAUCCUAUAUGUCAAUGACUACUCUGAUGGACCGACCACAUUUGCACAGCUUGAGGAGUACCGAGAUGAGCGUGGCCAUGAGAUGUACGUGUUAAACCGGGCCAAGCCUGUGCUGCCUCCACCACCCACUUCAGUCCAGCAUGGUGUACUACAGCCUAGAGAAAUGCUCCAGGGCCAAGGCACUCUGACAUCUACCAUUGGAUCACGCAGAGCCCCAGCAGAGGGAAUAGAAGGUUCACCACCAGACCCAGAGGGACUAUUUCUAAACCAGGGUCUGCUUUUUGACACACAGAUUGCAUAUGAGAUCCACUGCUGAAGAAGACUAAAAGCAGAUCGUUAAAAGAAAGCAGUCCAUAAGGCCAGUUAUAGAAAUACUCUUUGUGGCUUGACGUUAGCCCUAUGGGAUCUCUGAUUAGUUUGCCUACCAAUUCUAUUUUUUGAUUAUCGUUAGAGGAAAGAGUAAAGCCGAAUUUUGCGUCAAAAUUAUAACAUCGCAGGCGAACCUUGCACAGGACACAGGAUACAGAAAUUACUGUCACCUGACAUAACACAUUAGAAUUCAAACUCCCAAACAAUUACCUAGGGAGACAUGGUAGUACUGCUGCCCCCCAGCUCAAGGGUCCCCGGUUCAAUCCUGAGCAUGGGUUUCUGUCUGUGUGGAGUCAGUGUGCAUGGUCUCCAUGUGGGUUUCCUCUGGGUUUUACAGUUUCCUAGCACCUUGCUGAAAGCCUGCCUGCUAGAUGGAUUGGCUGCACUAAAUUGCCCCUAGGCAUGAAUGAGUGUGUGAAUGUGUGUGCGCAUGGUGCUCUGUGAUGGACUGGUGGUAUAUUCUUCAUUCAAGCCCAGUGUUUUUGGGAUAGUUUACGGAUCCACUGCAGUCAUGAACGGGAGAAGGCGCUUGCUAAAGACGAAUGAUUCAAUAAUAAAAAAAAAAACCCACAAAAACACCUUCAAUAGUUAGAAGGCCUACUGAGAAGAAAACCAGCACAUUGGACACUUCAUUUAUUUUUCACCAAGUUGAAAAACAGGAAGGAUGCUUGAGCAAGCUGCUAUACUCUAACAGACAUUCAUCUUUUUUUUUUUCUUUUGCAUAGUGAGUAAAGGGGAAAGCCAUUUUUUUUUCAUCUAAAAAUAAUUUCUUGUUUCACCCAGACAGCAUGAAUAGUUUUAUCAUCUAUUCUUACUGCCUAUUCACAUUAUUAAAUGUCUUUAUGUUUUAAGAGUCUUUUAUUUGUACCUACAAAUGAUUUUGAUGCCCAUUUAGUUGUGCAUAAGAAGACCAGUGAGUCAUAUAGACAGAGAAAGAGUAAAGUUAUGUCUGUAUUUGUGAUAGCCAACAAACUACUGAAUUCAUUGUCUUUAAUUAGGUUGCUUUCUCUCUCUCUCUCUCUCUCUCUCUCUCUCUCUCUCUCUCUCUCUCUCUUUGCUUUUGACCUCUGUUUAAAUAACACUGUGAAAAGUUCUAGACACUAGA